AAAUAAUGCAAUCAGUAUGCAAUAAGUUUGUUAUGGAUAUGACUGAUACAAGAAUGGGACCAGAACAAAAAUGUCGCAAUUGUUAAUUUAUGAAAAAAGAACACACUUAAAGUUGUUUAAUAUCCUAUUAAAUAUAUAGGUAAUUCUCAAUAGCUUCCAUCAAAUUAAAACAAAGUUUCGGACCUAAUGAAGAAAUUUUCAGGACCCAAUAAUCAAGUUUAAGAGAAGUUUUAAGGAGCUGUCAAAUCAAGUGUUUAGUAGAAAAAAUUGGAAGAAAAAAUUCCACCAUAAAUAUAGGUGAGUUAAACUACAAAUUAAUCAGAUUAAUCAAAUGUCUCAAUAAGAAAGAUUGAAAGUUAAACAAUUUCUAAUGAAUCUUCUUCAUAAACUGAGCAGAAUAAAAAUUAGAUAUAAUUAGAAAAAUAGCAAUCUAAUACUUCUAAAUUAGAUGAUAUAAAUUAAAUUCAGUAACCACCUAAACAAUAAGUUUAAAUAGAGACUGCCCCAUUUUAAACUAAACUUGCUAAUAAUCCUUUUUUGAAGAAUGAUAAAUAGUCAUAAAAUCAAGUAGCUUUUAGUAAACCAAGUGUUCAAAAUAAAAUACCUGGGGAUGAAUAAAAAUAAUAAUAAACAAUUUAGAAUAAAUUUCAAUAAUAGAAUGAACAAAAAAAGAAUGUUGUCUCUGAGGAUUAAAAUUAAAGAUCUAAUUUUUAAGAAAUUAAAAAUGCUUUUGCAAAAUAAUCCCCUCUCGUUUAAGAAGAUUCAACCACAGGAUAUAAAUAAUCUUCAAAUAAAUAAUAAUAAAUAGGUAAUAACUUUUAAGGACGACCAAUGAAUAUGCCAAUUAUUGGAUUUGGUCCUCCUCCUGUUAAGAAAAUUUCUAAUUAAUAAGAGCCUGAAAGUUCUUUAGAAUAAUAGAUGAUUGAAAGACCAUUUAUUUAAUAAAAAAAAAAUAAAAGAACUAUUGAAGAGUUCUCAGAUCUUAAUUGA